CGCUCAACUUCUUUUAAAACUUCUUUCAUUGAUCAACUACAGAAAUAUUUCUAAACCCCCUGCGUGCAACAUGCCUUUCCCCGCAACCCCUCCAACCGAGAUGUACCUUGCAAUACAAUUGCCAAACCCGAUUAGCAUCCUCGUAAACUACCUUCCAGUUAGCCAGACUCCCAUUGAGACACUCCGUUACUUGGUCAACGCAAGCGACGUGAACGCCAUAGUGAUGGACGAGUUCAUGACUUGGCCGCACUUCGUUCAGCCAGAGUCUCCCUUCCGUGCCUACUUCAGCCUAUUGCUGGACAGGGGUGUGAUCCCGGCGAUAUACCUUGAAGAUCUUCGGCAGGCCAGCAACUUCCUAACCGUCGCCCACGGUCUAACACUACUCAACUCCGUCGCACCAUCCGAUCCUUACGCCUGUUUCGCGAACGGGUUGUUCCUUACCUCACUUACCCGGUUUUCACCUCUAGAUGGAAUCCGUUUGGUUGUUGGUCUUCCUGGUGGUCGUCUACUAUAUGGAGGAAUUAGUAUCAAAUCCGAUAUAUGUUGUGGGAUGACAACAUCCUUCGGAUCCGGGAUAGACAUCUUCACCGCGUAUUUCCCUGAGGUAGGCAAAUCUUGGAGAAAACGCUCAUCAACCUCAGGCGUCACUAAAGACUUAUACCUAGCCACUUUUUUCCUCGCUGCGAACCAUCGCAUUAGGACCUCUCGAAUGAACUCUAUCAUGUACACAAUCGGAUAUGAUUUGGCUUUUGUUACGACAUUAUUCAUAGACUCCGAGUUGUUGCUAGACAUGAUAUUGUAGCGUUCCCCUUUACAGUGAGCUCUUGUCCAAUGCUCAAAUCCAAUUUCCUCUAAGUAAUUUGCGCAUCCAGCACUCUUAGCCCUUAACUGUUCGAAGUAUUUUUCAAAAUCCCUCACCCUAUAAGCUUUAGCAGCGCUGAAGAAUAAUCCAGAUACACCAUA